UAUUGUAAAUAAUGGAUUUUCACUUUAUUUAUAAGCACCAUUCCCCAUACCUGCAUCGCCAUCACCUCUGGUCACCCAUCUCCUCCCCACCUUCGACACCCGCCCAGCCCCCCAACCAAUCGCGGAAUGCUGGAAAACGUAAAACAUGUUGUCCUGGUAAGCCCCACCACCCCUCCGCUCUCGGGCACUGCCAGCUAACCACCCAACAGGUCCUCUCGGGCAAAGGCGGCGUUGGCAAAUCCUCCGUAACCGUUCAACUCGCCCUGACCCUCGCCCGGGCAGGCAAAAAGGUCGGAGUCCUGGACAUAGACCUGACGGGCCCUAACAUCCCGCGAAUGCUCAACGUGGAGGAGAAAAAGGUCCACCAAGCCCCCGGUGGCUGGAUCCCCGUGAAAGUCGGAGACUCGGACUCAACGGGGAAUGGCGCGGGGAGUAUCGAGUGUAUGAGUCUGGGCUUCCUGCUUCGGGACCGGGGAGAUAGUGUUGUCUGGAGAGGGCCCAAGAAGACGGCUAUGGUCAGGCAGUUCCUUACGGAUGUUUUAUGGAGAGAUGUGGAUUAUUUGUUGGUUGAUACGCCACCGGGUAUCCUCUCUUCCCCCCUUCUCCUCCCCUGAUUGCUCCCCCGGAGGUUGAUAUGAGGCGCAUGAUAGGGACCUCCGACGAACACAUCUCCCUGGCAGAGCAGCUUCGCAGUGUAUCCCCCGACGGCGCCGUGGUCGUGACGACCCCGCAGGCCAUCUCCACAGCAGACGUGCGCAAGGAGCUCAACUUUUGCAAAAAGGUCGGGCUCGACGUCCUUGGCGUGGUCGAGAACAUGAGUGGCUUCGUAUGUCCGCAUUGCUCCACCUGCACCAACGUCUUCUCCAGCGGCGGUGGCGCCGUCAUGGCCGAGCAGUUUGGCGUGGACUUUUUUGGCGCUGUGCCGAUUGAUCCGGCUUUCAACCUUAUGCUCGAGAGGCAGAAGGAGACGACGGAUGGGGUAGAGUUGCUACAGAGGUAUGGGGACUCGAAGCUCUGUCCGGUGUUUGAGGGGAUUAUGGAAAAGUUGUUGGCGAAGACGGAAAAGGUAGUUGCAAAUGGGAGUGGGAGUGGGUGAAGUAAGAAAUGGGAACGGGAGCUGUAUAGUGGAUGGUGACCUGGCGGUGGCGGGAAAAUACCAAUGCGAUUACUAGACUAUCUUAUUCUAAUUUCUCUGUUCCGUUAGUGUUUAGAGAGUGUACCGACCGUUCUUAAUCAUGAAAUAUCACUGCCGUCGAUCACGACGUGUGCGAACAACUGUAGGAAAAAAAGUUUAAUGAUAGCUAUCCAUUUUAAAAAAGAAUCCAAGCCCGACCAGCAUUAGUAGCACCUCUACUACCCUAAUAAGUUGAACUUCUGGAGAAAAAAACAAGGACCAUCGCAACAGGGCCUCAAAAUAUCCUAACCAACCAC